CUUGUCCUUACAGAAAAUAAUUAAUUAUGGAAUACUCGUGUAUUUACUCGAAUGCAUUACAAUCACAGGCGUUCCAUGUCACUGAGUAUAAAAUAUAAAAAAUUCAGCAUGACUUUUUUUUUUUCUAAUAGUAAUAAAUGUCCAAGUUGAGUAUUUCUCGCAUGGGUUGACACCAAAUCAAUGGGUCUGUUGGAGUUGUAAUGACAAUGCAAGUGAAAUUUUCAUAACGUUUCUUUCCGGCGUUAUGCAAAAAAAGUAUUGAAUCGUUUUAUUCUUUGUAACAUUUCAGGUAAGCGGCUUUAGUUGGCAUUUAGUAGUCGCGCUAAGACAUUCUGUCUACUGAAGGAUUCGAUUAAUGAAAAGUGAUUAAUUUUUUAUAAAAAAAAAAGUCAUGUGUUAUCAAUAGAUUCAAUAUCAGGAAAAAUGCAAUCGCGUAUUUUGUAUAUUUUUAGUGGCGUGUGUUUGUUUUACUGCAAAGUGCACGGUGUCGAUCAAAAUUCAACGGAAGUUAACAAAGAAACGUUACUUAGUCUCGAGUUUCCGGGAAAAGAAAAUGACACUGAGUUGGUAGAAAUUGACUUCGAGGAUAAUGGCCGCGAUAAGAGAGCUCUGGGUAUUUUUUUGCAAGGCCUAGUCCAGGCGUUGGGUUACAAUACGACGCCGAUACAAAUUGCGUCAUUGCCAAAUUCUGGAGGAAUGCAAUUCGGCCCAAUUACGCUGGAUUUGGGAAACGAUCCGCGGGUUGUCAAUUCGGGAGCGGGUUCUGCGCCGACUGGGUCGGUCGCAACGACUCCGAGACAAAGGGAAACUUUGCGGUUUACUGGGGUAGUGAAUUUCGGAAACAAUACGAAUAUUUCUGACCAUUUGAGACAGUAUGAGAGAAUAUUCCAUGGCAGACCUACAGCAGCUCCAUCUGUUCCACCUGUUUUGAGUCCUACGGUAGCUCCGUCAGCACCUCCGACACCUCCAGUGUCACCGGCAUCUCCAAUACCGUUGCUUCAACCAUUUUUCGUACCGAUUCCUAUUCCCUUGGCGGAAAAUCUGAGGUAUCCGAAACCACUGAUUUCUGUUGUGACGACUCCAUUUCCAGCUGUGAGCAAUAAUGCUGGCAGUGAUGGACCAGUUCGUUCUGAUUUGGAUGAAAGAGCUCCUGGGCCAAGGCCUAGACCUGGACUCGAACCAAAACCUAGACCUAGACCUGAACCUGGACCUGGAUCUGGAGCUGAACCUGGGCCUCGACCAAGACCUGAAUUUGUACUUAGACCUAAGCCUGCUAGUCUAGAUCAAAGUGACGAGCGUGGAAAUGAUCAGGAUGAACGAUCUAAUUCUGAAGAGAGUAAGGAACAAAAAGACGAAAACUAUCAGGAAAAUGAAUAUGAAGAAAACGAUGACGAAAAUGAAACCAAUGAAGGUUCCGAUAGAAAUCGAGGAAUCGAAAAUGAACGACAUGAAGAAAUAAUGGCUAAGCUGAAGGAAUCCUUGGGUAGCCCUGAAGAAUACGUUUCGAAAAUGAUUCCGAAAUACUCGGAAGGGUUCGGACUGAAACUACCGAUUGAAAUAAAACCUUUCCGCGGGCAAUUGAUGAACAGCUACGGCCAGAGCUUAGAACACGAUGGUAGAAUAGACGAUAAUGUCGCCGAUUUCUUUGCAAAGUUUAGAAACCCUAAGACGGGAGUCUUUGAGCCGCUGAAAAUUGAUGAUUCUGAAGAUCAGAAGGGAAAGUUUGAAGACAAUGGGAGUGAGUCAGUGGAAAAACUUCCACAGAAAUAUCUAAAUAAGCAGCACAAGUUCGAGUACGAUAUGAAAAAUGAAGACAGAGAUGAGGAGAUACAGAAUGUUGCCAAUGAAGAUCUGACAGAUGCCGAAGAGUCUGAUGACGAGGAUGAGGAAGAUUACGAUGAUCAGGAAGAGGAGGUCGAGGAUGAGGAAGACUUACCUGCAGAAAAGAUUAGAAAUUCCGACAAUAAAGAUGCGUCCGCCGAAUCCCAGCCGAACGGACAAAAUGGCCCUCGGUACAACGAAAGGCUGCAAAAUCCCCCUGGAAACAACGCAAGGCUUCAGAACAUGCCUUACGUGGAACAGCCGUUCAAUUUCGCGAAUUACAAUCCCUACUACAAACCAGUGCAAUACUUCUAUCCACCAGAUUCUCUUGAAAGAACUGCGCAGCGCAUUUCGUCAUAUCAAAACCUAGAUAAUUUUGCAACCGUGAAUCAAGGAUACCCACCAAGUGACGAAUCUUUCGUCAGAGCCAACCCAGACUACGUUCCGCUUCCUAGAAUCGCCAAGAGAAUAGCGCCCAGGCAACAAAGCAGCGCGACUCAUCAGCGUCAUCGUGAAGAAAGGCCUUCUGCCCCAACUACGAUGACUUCGACGACUUCUGCCAGAAAUAACAGAAGACGUGAAGAACCUGUUGUUAAAACUACGUCUCAGUCAACCAGAAAAUUGGAAGAAAAAUUAACUGUCUCGCGAACGAGUACUCCAGGAAGACGGAGAGACAAUUUGACCAUGCCUUCAUCUCCCGUUUCGACUUCAGCGACCCCUCGCAGAAUGAAUUUGACUUCAACUUCAACUUCAACUUCAACUUCAACUUCAACUUCAACUUCAACUCCUUUGUCAAACUCAAUACCGCCGCGGGAUCAAGACAGAAGAAAAUCGCAAAACGAAAAACGAAGACCAGAAAAUCGCGGGCGAAUAGUUUAUAAGACUAAUGCUAAUAGAAAUUUUAGAACUGUAAAUAAUGAUAAUAAUAAUAAUGAUAAUGAUAAAAAUAAUGAAGAUAGAGGUCAAGUUGCGACUACUGAAAGUAUGAAAAGAAAUAUCGAUUCUGCUCGAUUGGUUCGCAGCCGAUCGAGAAAUAAUUAAAAAAUUUGUAAAUUGUUGUAAUAAUUUUUUUGUUGGCUGUAAUAAAAAUAAAUUUAUAUGUCUAAUUUCCUUUCUUAAUUAAUGCAUUUAAAUUUAUCCUGUUUGCUAAUUU